UACUUGCAUGCUUUCAUCUGCAGCUUUGCAGUGAUGAGUGAACGGCAUUUCAAUAAGUUUGUCACAAAGUACAGACCAGAAGAAACACAAAAACUGGCACUCUUGAUGAAAAAUGAUUGUGGCAGUUACUCAAAGCACAGUCCAGCGGAAUAUGAAAGACUACAAGCCAUUCUGGAUUCCAAACGCCAAGAAUCUGAUCUCAUUGGGCAAAAGUUUCAGAGUACUCUGUCUGCAACCAAGGCAUCCAAAGAAAGCUCCAUGCUACGACAACACAGACAGGUGUGGAGCAAAGACCACCUCCGGCUGCAGAAUGCUGAGAAGAAGGCUGAGAAUGAAAUCCAGGAUUUUCUACGACAGAUAAGGCCCAGCAGUACAACAGACACUGCCGUCUUCUCACUUCUAGAUUACGAGAUGUUCCUGGAGACAGAGCGAGAUACAUUUAAGGUCGCUACUGUGGAUCCUGUUCUUCAACUCAAGGAGGACCUUUGUUUCAGACUGAGAGAAGAAAGACAGCAGCAGCAGCACUACACCCGUCUGCCAUCAAACUGCCAACAAGUAGUUCAGCAGAUAAACUUUGUGAAAGACCAGCAGAAUGCCGUUAUUGACAAGCUUCACUCAGAGUAUCAAGCCAUAGAGGAAGAACUUGUGGCCCUUGACUUAGAGGAUAUUCUUACCACUACUUCAGGUAAUGUGGCGAACAUAGAGGAAAUUCCACAGGAAUUGUUAGAUUCAGAUUGUCCUGAUCCAAAUGUGAAGCAAUCCCUGCUGCAGAAAUUCAUCUUUGUGUCACAAGUGUACCAGGACGGAAUAAAGUAUCUCCAGCAACAACUACAAGAAACUGACAGGUUUUGUGGCUGGUGUGCAGAUGACCAUCUACGUUUCCAGUUCACAGUGGAGCAGUACACUCAUGAUGUGGACAACCACAGAGUACUGUUUGUGGACAUGCUUCAGAGACUUUUCCCUGCUAAAACUCGACAGGAGCUGAUGGAGCAUGAGCGUGUAUGGGUCUCCCGAUGCUCCACUGAGACCCAGCUAAAGGCGCUGACCCAUCAGUGGCAGCGGGAUAGGGAAGAGCUGCUGGCCAGUGCCCUCAUCACCCUGCAGGAGGCCAGGCGAGCUCACCAGGAGCAGCUGGCACGCCGCAGAGACCACCAACACCAGCAGGCUGUCUGCUCACAUCUCAGAGACAAGGUGCAGCAGUGGCGCUUCCAGCAGGAAGAAGUGGCAAAGCAGGAGGAAGCUUUGGCUGCCCAACAACAGGAGGAACAUGAGGCGAGGCUAAAGGAGGUGCAGGAGAAGGAGGAGGCCAUCAGGUCACAGAAGAAAGAAAAAGUGAGACUGUUUUACUUAAAGCAGCAGAGGAGGAGGGAAAUCGUGGAGCAGAGAGAGGAAGAGAGACUUGCUAAUCUAAGGAGAGUUAUGGAGGACCAAGCAAAGCGAGAUAAGGAGAGGGUUCAGUUGCGGGCAGAUUUGUUACAGCGACGCAGGGAGGCGAGAGAGGCACAGGAGCUGAAGCAGCAAAGAGAGGAAGAAGAAAGACUGCAUCGCCUUGAUGCUCUGAGAAAUCAGGUUGCAGUUUUGGCAAAAGCAGAUCCUCAGAGGAUGAUGAGAGACACAGAGGCUUGGAGGGGUCGGCAUUCAAAUGAAAUACAGUCUGACCUCCAAAAGCCCCUCUUCACUAUUAACACCUAUACAGAUGCACAGAUUGUGUCUGACAUCAGAGUGAGGGUGGAGCAGGCAUUUCGAGAGGCGGGUCUACACCACACCCAGUGCGCCAAAGAAGCUCUGGCUCUUAUCAAACCACCCAAACCACCUCGAAAAGAUGCCACAUCUACUUUUAAUUUCUGAUCCAGAGCAUGUUUGGGAUCACAUUUCAGUACUGCACUGCAGCAUUGCUACUUAAAAAUAAUUAAUUCUUA